AUGACUAAUUUCUUACACGUUGCUCAUUUUCAGAUUGAAAGAGCCGACAGAAAUGAGAAUGAAGCAGUGAGCGAAAACAAGAUAAUGGGUUGUAACACUUCCUCGCCGAGCAAGGUAAUUUUCAGCAGAGAAUAUGAUUUGAAAUUCUGGUAACGCUCUUUGAAAUUUGGUUCUUUUGCAUCCCACUGGUAAUCCGCGUUUUUCAAAGUGUAAUAUAUUAUAGGGGCACCGGACAGAAAGGGCGCGCUGUUCGCAAUCUGGCCGAAUUUCUAGGCCGCGAAGUAAUUUUCCACUGAAAAUGUGGCCUAACUUUUCAAACUCGGCCCCGAGGUCGCUCAAUUUGCACUGCAAAAAGAGUUUCUCAACAGAGCGCCAUUUCUGUGCGGUGCCCCUAUAAUAAUCUACAAAAAAGGAUGAAUUAACUCUUGGUGAGAGAUAGGUUCUCACACAAAACCUUCAAAAUAUGAAUUAGUUAGCAGUCCAAACAUACGGUGUCGUUUAUACAACUUCACUUCAAUUUGAACAAAAUGACGAAUCUUGAUAUUUUCGUAACAAAAAUGUGACUAUUAUAGGGGCACCGCACAGAAAUGGCGCUCUGUUGAGAAACUCUUUUUGCAGUGCAAAUUGAGCGACCUCGGGGCCGAGUUUGAAAAGUUAGGCCACAUUUUCAGUGGAAAAUUACUUCGCGGCCUAGAAAUUCGGCCAGAUUGCGAACAGCGCGCCCUUUCUGUCCGGUGCCCCUAUAAUAAAACCCAUUUAUUGUAAGUUAAUAGGUUACACUCAAAAAAGCUAAAACUCGACGUAGAACUCCUGGACAUUUCCGAAGAAAACCAGUUAAACGUCCUAAGCAAAACAUUCAUACAAAUGAAUGUAGUCGCAGGUUAGGUACCCCGCGCAAAUAUACUUCAUCCCCGUGUUUUAAAGUAGCAGUUGUAUUUCGAUGAGAUUUUCUAUGUUAGUUUAGUCAUAUCUCUUCGUUUCCAGCUGUAACGUUGUGAGCAUUAUUAGAAUAGGUUUGUUGUACUGACAAAACGGAAUUCUCUCGUUUUCUCUUCGAAUAUUCGUACGGCUUAAUUCCUCAAGUUUGAGACCAAUAAAAGAGGAAAAGAGAAUAUCGGUUCAAUUCGAACAUUGUUUAGGUUUCUGACGUGGGAACAAUUGCCAAAGCUUCGACACCGCUCCCAGCGACCAAUCAAAACGGAACGACGCCGAAGCCAGAGACGCCGUCUCCAGUUGCUUUGGAGCAGGAGAAAAAGGAGUCGACACCAGUGCCGCCGCCUUCUAUUACACCCCAAGUAACGGUAAAUUUGGAGUCCCGUCUUUUAUAGCGCUGAAUGAUUUUUCAGCUCCAAGUGCCUGAAAUUCGUGCCUCGCGCUCUGUGACUCCUGCUUCGAACUACUCGGAAGAACCAUCUUACACUCAUAUCCGCCUCAUCCUUCUAGGUAUUUGUAGUCGUCUCGCUCUUCCUCAUUUCAAGCAAAAAUAAUCUGUUCUAUUUAGGCGCAGCAGAAAGCGGAAAAACAACAGUCCUGGAGCAAGUGCGUCUGCUGUACAAUCAGAAAUUCAAGGAAUCCGAGUAUUAUCACCGUAGAGCCUUCAUCUAUCACAACGUUUUCAAAUCGAUUCGAGCGCUUUGUCGCGCACAGAAACUGUCCGAUAUCAAGUUUACUGAUCCGAUUAACAUGGUAGGUUGAUUUAAUUGAGAGGAAUGGGCUCAUACAAUUUUGCAGGGUCGAGCACAGUCAAUUAUCGCCGACGAGGACAGUCAUUAUGGGAUGUUUCCACCGGAUCUGGUCGAGAAGAUCAAGUGCAUUUGGCAGGACAAGUCCAUGCAAAAGUUGUACGCGAGGAGGAGCCAGUUCAAUCUCAACGAUUCCGCUAGCUAGUUAGUUUCUAAUCUAAUAAUUAGCGCUAGUAUCAACACAAUCUCAGUUUCCUUAACCAAAUUGACACUAUAACGCGUCCGGAUUACAUGCCCUCCGAACGGGAUCUCAUAAUGGCGUAUGUGCCAACGUGCGGCGUUCAAAACGUCAUUUUCACCGCCAGCAACCAGUCAUUUCAGUAAGAUUAGUAGUAAUCUCUUCAUAUUUCUUCCAUUUCCAGGUUGUUUGAUAUUGGCGGACAGAAAAUAGACCGUCGAAAAUGGGCGACUCAGUACGACGGAAUCGACGCGAUCUUUUUCUGUUUGGCAAUUUCAGAGUACGAUCAAGUGAUGAACGAAGAUAUGGUUACGGUAGAAACCAGAAUGUAUAUUGUUGACAUGUCAACAUUAUUCAGAACCGUCUCGAUGACGCGUUGGCUCUUCUGCAGAAGAUUAGUGACGAGCAAAUGUUCGCAACAACUCCAAUCUACCUGUUCUUGAAUGAGAUUGAUGUGUUCUGUGAGAAGCUUCAGGAAAUUCCAUUGGAAAAGUACCGUUCGGACUAUCAAGGUAUGUCCGUAGAAAGAUUCGCACCACGACACCUUUUUUCAGGAGGUGAUGCGGACGACGCGUUGGAUUUUAUGGAAAACUUGGCAUGUGGAGCACUGGGCAGACGAGACAAGUCUCUGUAUCGCGUCUAUCGGUGCAUGGCAAUCGACACACGACUGAUGGCCGACAUUUUAGCCACCGUGUUCAAAGAUAUCAUGAAGAGGAAGAAGUAG